UCUCUCUCUCUCUUCCCCCAUCUUUUUAUAUUUUCUCUCUUAUUUUUUUUUCUCUUCUCUAGAGGGAGAAGAAGAGAAAAAGGAUUGAAAGCGAAGAAAGCGGUUUCAGCCCUUUGCUCCUUGUGUUUCCUUACUCUCUCCAUUUCGCUCUCACUGCUUCGCUCGCAAAACCCUAAUUCUCACUCUAAUUUUCUCCAUCUUUCUACCACUCUUGGCUCCCACAACUCAAGAUUUCGCUCUUCGGUUUGAGAUCGGGUUUACCGCACUUCCACAAAAAUUGGCUGUGCGGUCCUCGUUUUAGGCUGUUAUCUUUGAGUUUGUUUCAGUCUAUGGGUUCUACUAUGGCUGGUGAGUUGCUGGUGAACGCCAAUGGCAAUGGUAACACCCAGCCUAAUCCACAAAGGACUUACCAAGUUGUUGUGGCUGCGACCCGAGAAAUGGGUAUUGGAAAGGAUGGGAAACUACCUUGGAGAUUGCCCUCUGAUCUCAAGUUCUUUAAGGAAGUCACUGUGACCACAUCAGAUCCCGGAAAAAAAAAUGCGGUCGUUAUGGGUAGAAAAACAUGGGAGAGCAUUGCCCCUGAGCAUCGACCUCUACCUGGUCGCCUUAAUGUUGUUCUGACUCGUUCUGGGAGUUUUGAUAUUGCUACUGCAGAGAAUGUUGUGAUAUGUGGAAGCAUGGCAUCUGCUUUGGAAUUGUUAGCUGCUUCUCCUUAUUGUCUGUCAAUUGACAAAGUAUUUAUCAUAGGGGGUGGCCAGAUACUAAGGGAAGCUCUCAAUGCGCCUGGCUGUGAUGCCAUUCACAUUACAGAAAUAGAGACAGACAUUGAAUGUGACACUUUCAUCCCUGCAAUUGAUUCCUCUGUAUUUCAGCCGUGGUAUUCAUCCUUUCCCAAGGUGGAAAAUAGCAUUCGCCAUUCCUUCACAACUUAUGUUCGUGUAAGCAGUUCUGCAGUUGAAUCCCUUUGUCAAAACAAUGAUCUGAUCUCUAGUAGUAAGUCAGAUUCCGUUAAGUGUGAGGUAAAGAAUUUCUCUUUCCUGCCCAAGAUGAUUUUUGAAAAACAUGAAGAGCACAUUUAUCUAAGUCUGGUUCGAGAAAUCCUCUCAGAUGGCACUUCUAAGGAUGAUAGGACAGGGACUGGUACUUUAUCAAAAUUUGGUUGCCAGAUGCGGUUCAAUCUGCGCAGAACUUUUCCUCUUCUGACAACCAAGAAAGUAUUUUGGCGAGGGGUUGUUGAAGAACUUCUGUGGUUCAUCAGUGGUUCAACAAAUGCCAAGGUCCUUCAGGAGAAAGGCAUUCACAUAUGGGAUGGAAAUGCUUCUAGAGACUACCUUGACAGUGUUGGUUUAACUGACAAGGAAGAGGGCGACUUGGGGCCAGUAUAUGGGUUCCAGUGGCGACACUUUGGUGCUAGGUAUACUGACAUGAAUGCUGACUACACUGGCCAAGGAUUUGAUCAGUUGUUAGAUGUUAUUGACAAGAUUAAAAUUAAUCCAGAUGAUCGGCGGAUUAUACUCUCGGCCUGGAAUCCUUCUGAUCUCAAAUUGAUGGCACUCCCACCUUGUCACAUGUUUGCUCAGUUCUACGUAGCCAAUGGAGAGUUAUCAUGUCAAAUGUAUCAGCGUUCUGCUGACGUCGGCCUGGGCGUGCCAUUUAAUAUUGCAUCAUAUGCUCUUCUGACAUGCAUGAUUGCUCAUGUUUGUGAUCUUGUUCCAGGUGAUUUCAUUCAUGUUUUAGGGGAUGCUCAUGUUUACCGCACUCACAUCAGGCCUUUGCAGGAGCAGCUUGAGAAAUUGCCCAAGCCUUUUCCAAUUUUGAAGAUCAAUCCUGAGAAAAAGAAUAUAGAUUCUUUUGUAGCGGCUGAUUUCGAACUGAUAGGUUAUGAUCCUCAUCAGAAGAUAGAAAUGAAAAUGGCCGUAUAGGGCUCUCUCAAAUUUUCAGUAGAGAGCUCAGAGACUUAUCUUUAUUUCUAGGCGGAGCUGCUGUUAGUUUCGAGGAGCGGGAUCUGCAGGUUCAUGGUGAUGUAGAGUUUCAAUACAGAUGAAUAAAUGCUAGGUUGGAUAUAGUUGAAGCUUUGCAUUUGUAGUAAUUUGGAAUCCUUUAGUUCCACAAUACACAUGGUGGUUCCAAGGUGAUUUAGGAUACUUUGUAUUUUUUGCUUCCCAGCUUUUUUGAGCUUGCUUUGGCACUUUGCGGUUGAUACGAACGCAUCACUUUAUUUUCUUAAUUACUACAAAUACUAUGGCGUACUGUUAUAACAAAAUGGAGUUGGAUCACAUUACUUGUAUA